AUGCUUUCAUCGUUCUCCCUACGCUCAUGCUUUGAAGCACAGCUUCUCCGCAAUAUAUGGCUUGCUAUCUCCCCACCUCCAAUUCUGCAUGGCUCCGGUCCGUAUACGCAAGCUUUUCAUCAUCAUCCCAUCCAGUAUAGUACCCAAGGUUUUCAAUACGAAUACGUUCCCCAAACAUGUACGGAUCUCAGAGAGCACGUUCGGCCAACAACAAUACCGUCGGUAAUACCGCGUAUGGCCGCGAGCAGGAUCCUCCAACCACGCAUCUCCAAGAAGACAGACCGACCAUCGAGGUACCCAAAGGUCAGACCAGGCGGUCCCCCUCUCCGCGAAGUAGUACGCGGUGUCUUUCACACAGACCCAUAUGGAACAGGAUGGGUCAUCCGCGCGCCCCUACACGAAGAAGACUACGAAGGCGGUGCGAACUAUCAAAGCAAGUACAUUUCGGGAUGCGACUACAACUUCGCGCACACCAAAAAGCGCAUUCUGAUCGUCUUGGCCGAAUACCACUACCACUACCUAGCUAUCCCCCCAUACACUCACGACGACAACGGUCUCAAUCGGAAGCCGAACCAAGAUGGAUUUGUGUAUGUGCAUGACAAGUAUCGCGUGAGCAGACGGCCUUUGAAACAGAGGAAGGACCGGCAUCUUGACGCCGCUAUCGAUCUCCAAACCAGGAUCCCGCAUUACCGUCCAAAGAGUGCGGCGCAUCUCAAUGAAUCAUAUUGUGGCGAGGAAUUACUCCCUGAAGGUGGAAUACCACGGCCAUCUUACAAAAGACUCCGACAAGAAGCCGCUGGACAUCGCCAAAUCACAUUUGACAAACAAGCUCACGUUCAAAGGAUGUACAGCCUUGACUGCAAUUGUGGUUCAGGUCACCUCCCUGAACGGAUAUCGGAUCUUGACAUUCAGCAGGCUGGUCUUGGUGGCUUCCAAUCUCGCGACGUAACGAUGAUCAUCGACCAUACUGAAGCUAUCUCGCAGCUCCACAAGUUUCGCGUACCACUCGUCGAUGUCGACUAG